GCAAAUUCGAACCCUGCGGAUGAACAGAACAUUAAUAAGAACGGUUGCAGCAGAAGUCCUCUACAACAAAUUGGAUGCUAGGUUUGCGUUUCUGCUGUAAAGGUUGUAAUUGGGGGACAUAAAGAUGUGGAUCCUUCAAAACCUGCUAAUCCUGUGCACAGUUCUGAGUACUGUGAGCAGUGCUGCAGGUUUGAUCCGUGUGUUUGGAUAUGAGGGCGGAGAUGUGAGGGUUUCCUGUCCAUAUGGUGAAGGCUUUGGGAAACAUCAGAAAUACCUGUGUAAGAAUAGCUGUGGUUACCGUGAUUUUCUUAUUAAAUCAUCGGAAAAAAAUAAAACCAAAUACUCCAUUUAUGAUGACAAAAGAACAAGAGUCUUUACAGUGAUCAUCUCUGAUCUUCAUUUUGAUGAUGCUGGGAAAUACUGGUGUGGAGUGACCAGAAUAGGAAGAGAUCUCUACACUGAAGUAAAGCUGGAAGUAAGACCAGUGUAUCAGCACCAGAGCAGCACAAUAAAAACUAUUACUACCACACCAUCAUACUAUGAAGAACUGACUGAAGUGUAUCAUCACCAGAGCAGCACAGUGAAAACUAUCAUUACUACUACACCACUGUACUAUGAGAAACUGAAUGAAGCAGCUCGGAGUAGUGUGAGCAGUGCCGGAGGUUUGAUCCGUGUGUUUGGAUAUGAGAGCAGAGAUGUGAGGGUCUCCUGCCCAUAUGGUCGGGGAUAUGAGGGUCAUCAGAAGUACCUGUGCAAGAAUGACUGCGGCUACAGCGAAAUUCUUGUUAGAACGGCGCAAAAAAAUAAAACCAAAUACUCCAUUAAUGAUGACAAAACAACAAGAAUCUUUACGGUGAUCAUCUCUGAUCUUUGUUUUGAUGAUGCUGGGACAUACUGGUGUGGAGUGACCAGAGUAGGUAGAGAUCUCUACACUGAAGUAAAGCUGGAAGUAAGACCAGACAGCUGCUGCAACACGGUGAAUAAAAUCCACAGUAUUGAAGAAGGUUCAGCGUCCAUCAGCUGCCCGUAUGACACUGAGUCUGUCAACAACCUGAUGUUUGUCUGCAGAGGAAACCGUCCCUCCACAUGUCUACAGCAGGCAUUAAUCACUUCCAACAUCACACAAAAUGGACGAUUCAGACUCAUUGAUGAGAGGAAGUCUAGAAUAUUCACACUAACCAUUUCCAGUCUGAUGCUGAAGGAUUCUGGGUUGUAUCUUUGCGGCGUCCAGAGAAACUCAGGGUUGGAUGUUUUUUCUGCUGUUCAGUUGGAGGUUAAAGAGUGGUGUUGUGUGAAAACAAUAAAGAUGAGUGGAUCUGUGGGAAGGCCAGUAACCUUCCAGUGCCCUUCUCCACCCCAACAUCAUAAUGAUACAAUGCUCCUCUGCAAAGGACACGCAGUCAACAACUGCACAGACAUGAUGAAUCAAAGUAGGUUUACGCUGCAAAAUGUUUCCCCCAGCUCUUUUUCUGUGACCAUCACAAAGCUGGAAGCAGGAGAUGCUGGAACAUACUGGUGUCGCUCAGACCCGGAGGCGAGCGUAGGAAACUACACCCACUUUCAUCUGUCUGUAGAUGAAGCAAACCAUGAGCAUUCGGAUGCAUCUGUCUUUGCACUUUUUGCUCUACCUGCUGUGAUGCUGGUGGUAAUGGUCCUGGUUAAAGUUUACAAGAACAAAUGUCACAAAAAAUAAAAGGUCUUCCGAGGGGAGAAGAGGGGAGCUUUCUGUGUGGGUAAAGGUUAAACUAAAGGCUUAAUUUACACAGCAGAGGUCACUAACUGGUGGUUGGGAUCUGUACCCAAACAAAGUAUUAUCUAGAACCUGGCUCACUACAACACUUUCAUGAAUGUUGGGACCACAGCCAUGGAUUACAACAUAAAAGUCCGAUACAAACUUUCCUGGAACUUUCAAAAUAAAUGUCAUUAACUGACUUCCAGCACAACUUAGGAAGGGGGGGUAACAGGUCAUUGCCCGUACAAAACCCCCACAUUUCCAAUGAAUUGAUCUCUUACACCCGGACCCCACUGAGGAGCUGGCAGGAGAGACACAGGGCGCUAAUGUCUCUUUGCAGGCAAACAGACAUAACUCUUCAAACUGGAUCCAAGAGUGUCAUAAGAUCAUGCGAUCAUAUGCACUAAGCUAAGUACGAAUGAAUUGCUGUUUGAGUGUCCAGUAUUCAUUCUUGAAAGGGGGUAAUUAAGGUACAAGCGUUGCUUGACUUUCUCUCUGAGAUCUACAGAAGAAAACUGUUUCCAGAGAGUUCCCAGCAGUUUCCCGGUCUGAAGGAAGACAACGGGACGCAUCACCGUGGUAACGUGCAGUUUGGUCGGGGACAGAAUGAGCCGUCCCACCCAACAGUUACAGAGGUUAGUUGAAGCUAAUCUUUUGUUCACAGUGGAUGCCUUCUUCAAAUUUCGUCAUCGCCCGGACAACUUCUCCUCAGCACGGUUCAUACGAGGUUAG